CCGAGCGAGCGCCAUGUCUACGUGUGCGCCGCGCGCGUGCUGCCGGCCGCGCGCCCCGCCGACCCUUCUCGACAUCACCGCGAAGAUAGUCGCCGCCGCGAUCCCGUUCCAACGCAUCGAGGAGCGCUAUGAACGCAUCCCCGAGCCGGUGCAGCGGCGCGUCGUCUACUGGUCGUUCCCCAGAGACGAGCGCGACAUAUGCAUGUACUCGUCGCUGGCGCGAGCGCCGCCCGACGACCACAGGAACAUCGCCUUCUGCCGCGGCCUCAAGCUGCUCGAAGCCGGCUGUGUUGAGAACGUCCUCCAAGUCGGUUUCCAUUUAAGUGGGGUGGUGAGGGCGCCGGCUGCCGUGCCUCCCUGCUCGGAACCUGAAAGGCUAUACAGGGUCACAGUUUCAUUCGACAGAUGCAAAAUCACCGGUGUAACAUGCAGCUGCGAGGCGCGCGACAUCUUCUGGUGCCAACAUGUCGUCGCCCUAGCGCUGUACCGCAUCAGGAAUGCGGAUUCUGUAAGACUGCGGGUACCUAUAUCAGAAACCCUCCUGCAAAUGGACAGGCAACAGCUCCAGAAGUUCGUCCAGUAUUUAAUAGCAGAACACCACACGGAGGUUCUGCCGACAGCACAGAGGCUGGCUGACGAGGUGCUGCAGGCGAGGUCCGCGAUAAACAGAAUAUGUGGAGCGCCCGACCCCACGGCGGGGCCGCCGCCCGACGCGCACCAUGCGUGGCAUUUGGAUGAGCAACAGGUUUGCGAACAAGUGCGAGCGUAUUUAUUACAGGGAACUUAUUACAAUGCAAAUAAACAAUUAAAUUCAUUAUUUUCUAAGGUACGAGAAAUGCUAAGAGCCCAAGACUCAAACGGUCCAAGAAUGCUAAUGUUGAUGACAGAACAGUUCCUAUCAGACCCUCGGCUACUUUUAUGGAGGAACCAGAACACCCCCAUGACGGAGAAGUGCAGACAACUGUGGGAACAAUUAGGUGCCUUGUGGGUCAGCAUUGUGCUGGACCCUGGAAGCAAUAAGUGCCAUAGGAUGCAGUGGAGGCAUUUGCUGGAAAAAUGGUCUGCCGUGGAAGUCUGUCCGACAGAAGACCCGGAUUAUAGAUCGUUUCCACUGUAUGCGCGGGAAAGGGAAAGAAAUGAAAGGGACCGCGACAGAGACCACCGCGACAGAGACAGAGAGCGGCAUCGCGAUAGGGAAGAGAGGGACAGAGAGAGGCUUAGGGAAAGGGAGGAGAGGGACAGGGAGAGGCAUAGAGAACGUCAAAGAAGAGAAAUGCAUUCUCAUUCGGAAAGUUCGGAUGAGGAAUCUAGGCCUAAUAAUUAUGAACGUGAAUAUAGAAGAGCAAGUAAACGGUUAAGGCUUCAUAAUCAGAGGUCGGCGCCACAACUCACUCCUAGAACAGUAUUUCACAAAGCAUUAGACGCAGUGGACAUAUCGUGGGAGAAUGAACACCUUAAGAACAUCUUGGGGUCUGAUGAAUACUGUGACCCGGAUAAAUUGGACAAAGCUGGGGCUUCAGCUUGUUCCACUACGUUACAGGCGUAUCCGAAGUUCAAUGAUAUUGGGCAGCCUUUGUGGCAUGAACAUUUGCCAGUAGUAGGGGCGCGGAUAGAAGCGUUGCGAGCGCACGGCCGCGCGCCCGCCGCGCUGCGGCUUGCGGUCGCGGCUGCGAGGGCUAUGCGGCAUCGACAGGAAGUAGCGCAACAAAAGUGGCAAGAAGCGGGUGGCGGUGAAGCAUCUAGCUCCACCAACUCAACCAACUCGACCCACUCAACCCACUCGAGCAACUCAACCCACUCGAACUCGUGCGCGAGUGAGUCGUGCGGCGGGCAGUGCGACCGGGUGAAGCUGUCGCUGGUGUGCGCGCACAUGGACGCGGGCUCGUGUCUGCAGAGCGCGAGCACGUGUGCGCUGAGCCACACGCACCGGUGUAUUGGAAAAGACAGCAGAUGCUGGACAGGCUGGACGCUAGAAGCAAUCUGGUGUGUGUACGAAUGCCUGGCAGAUGCGUGCCUCGCGCCAGACGAUCAGAGAGCGUCACCACGAUUGCACACUUAUAUAGACGAGGAGCCUAAUACUGGUCUACCGCCUAGAUACCAACAUGUACCUGUAGCUGGCAGUAAAAACCCAGAAGAAACUUACUUAGCAUUAGCAUUGGAAGCUGCCUUACUCGGCUUGGGCAUGCAGAGGAUGUUACCGAGCGGCUUGUAUGCGCAGGAGAGGUAUUGCAAGCAGGAAGAGCGGCUAAUCAGCCAGCUCCAACGUGUAGAGGGCGAAGCCGCCGCGGGGGUGUGCGGGCGGGUGGCUAGGGCUCUCCUUGCGGGGGGCCCUUCCUCCUGUCUCGGUACCAAAGUGCACCCGAGGUCUGCGCCUGCGCAUACAUUCGCAAGGUUCCUGUUUCUGGCGCUACUGCCAAGUGACCCGGAUCUUGCGUAUCGGGUCGGGUUGAGAGCUAUGAGACUGCCGAUGGUGGAAGAAGCGUACGCGCUGGACGGGGGCGGUGCGGGCGCGGGCGGGGCGGGCGCCUGGCACACGCUGCAGCACGCCGAGCAGCAGCAGGCCGCGCUCGCGAGCGCGCUGCUUGGUGCAGCCCGCGGCACGCCCAGCCGGCUCCGCGCAGCGCUGGCCGCAGCGCAGCGGCACGUGCGCUCGGCGGCGCAGCUGUUCCGGCUCGCACAAGACGCGCUGCGCCACGCGGCGCCGCCUGACGCCCCGCACCACCAUCGGGACCUGCUAGCUGCGGCGUUUGAGCUGGGCCUGCAGGUGUUACGGAUGACAUUAUCAGCCGUGAACUGGAGAAGGCGGGAAAUGGUCCGGUGGCUUGUCACGUGCGCUACAGAACUUGGGUUGGACGCGCUGUUAUCCAUCAUGCAGAAUUGGUAUGAGCUAUUCACGCCAACAGAAGCGACCGGUCCUGUAGCGGCAGCAGCAAUGUCGCACGCAACAGCUUUACGACUCGGGCUUAGCUUCGAGCAACAAGAGAAACUUAGUGCGUGUGCGAGAACGCUUGCUUUGCAGUGUGCAGCUAAGGACCCGCCAGGCUGUGCGCUCAGUGCACUAUCCGUGUGCGAGGGCUCAGCGGGCGCGUUCGAAGCAGCGUGUGCGGCUGUGGGCGGGGCUGCUGCACGUGGGGCACUCGCCUCCAGCCAGCUGUUUGCUGUGGCCCGCUACAUGGAGCAGCGCGGCCAGCCCGCGCGCGCCAUGCGCUUGGCCACGCUGGCCAUGCGCAACCUGCACCUGCACUACAACCAGGACAGUCACCCAGCAAUAGCAGACAUCCACUGGGCGGUAGCGCUAGCGCACUCGCUGGGCCGCGCGGAGCUGCAGGCGAUGUUGCCGCUGUUAGUGAAGAACGUGCAGUGCGCGCCUGUGCUUUCGGACGUCCUCCGUCGCUGCUGUGUAGCGGCCGCGGGGUGUUCCCGUUCCCGUCCGCCACCCCCGCGCCCCCCCACCCCGCUCCGCCCGCUGCUGGAGGCCGCGCUGCGUGCGUACGCGUCCACGACACACGCACGACUGGCGCAUAUCUCGCCACGGCACUAUGCGGUCUUUGUUGAUUUUCUUGGUAAAGCCCGCGACACAUUCGCGCUGGCCCACGAUGGUCCACACCAGUUCGCGGCACUCUUACAAGAAAUCAAACUCAAAUACAAAGGCAAGAAAAAACUAAUGUUCCUCGUUAAAGAAAGAUUCGGUUGAAAUUAGGCCAUAGCAUCGUUAUUUUUAUAAGCAUUGUGGUAUAUGUGCAAUAGCGUGUAUAUACAGAGACGCUUGAGGCGUUCGUAAUUUCGUAAAACGGUAUGGACUUUGGCGGUACAAGAAUUGAGUACGUAUUAAAAAAAAAAUUGAAAAAAAACGGCAAUAAUUGUAUAUAAAGCUUUCAAUGUUAGUACAAUUUAGCACAAUGACAUAUGGCAUAUAGUGUUGCCAUUGUAACAAUCUCGAAUCUGCAUACAAGUGCCGUCAAUGAUUCUGCCUACAUCAUUACCUCAUGCUAGUUCGCGAGACGCACUCAUUUGUACCAAACCAGUCUAUUUCGAAGUAUUAUUUUAUUUAACGUUUAGAUUAUAUACCUCGUAGAUAUCACUUAAGUAGAUAACGUUGUAUGAUCUCAAUGAUUCCAUUUUGUAAAUAGAUUAAGAGUUUGUAAAUAUAAUUAAGGUUAGGAAUAGCUCGUUGGAAAUGUUAGAUAUAUUUUAAAUAAGGAAUUAGCACGAGCGCUAGGUUAGAAAUGGCGCGAAACGUUCGGAAAUUUAAACUGUUUUGUUGUAACGGGGCUUGUAACAUACGCGCCGAAAUAUAGCGUCCAAUAACACAGUGGGAAAAUGACACAGCACCAAAGAGAUAUAUAUAAGUUACUUCCAAAAUAUUGAGAUAAGCGAUGCCACUAUUCUUUCAGUAUUUUUGAGUAUUCGUAUGUGUUGCCACAUUCAAUGUUGAAAUUGUAUUUGCUGCUUUAACUUCAUUUUGAAUGGAUGUUUUUUUUCUUUUGUUCAAUUUUUGUUUUCGUUAUUUUGUUCCAAAAUCAAUUUCAGUAUCGUUUUUUGUUUUUCAAGGUUUUUUUUUAUUCGAUAUCCGUGUUAAGAGUUAUAGUUAUACAUUUGUAACAAGAAGUGCAUUUAUAUAAAUAGAAACAUUAAUGUUUAAAGCUAGGCGUGACGUUCGGAUAGCGUGCAGACAUUAGUAAAAUGAUUAUGAAUAGUAUAUAAGAAUGAGGGACUUUUGUACUUUUUGUGGUGUGUAAGGGUUGUGCAAAAUAAUAGAUUUUAUUUUCCUAACUUGCCAAUACCAAUUUAUGUUAUUUGUUUUUCGCCAACCCUGUUCUGUGUCAAAAUUAUUUAAACAUUAUAGGUAAAUAAACAUGCAAGAUUGUUAUUUGUUUAUAAAACUUUAUUUUAUUACUGCCAGAGGUAUAGUUAAAUGUCAAUAAUAGCAAAGUGGUAUUUGGAAAUGUUGAGAUUGUAGAGUUCCAUAAAACUUAUAUUGAUAACUAGAUCAGACUGAUUUUAAAGGAUUUGCAAGAAUAUUAGGUAUAUUAUCUGAAUUUCUUAAUCAGCGUACGAUUGCUAGCUGUAAAAUUCUUUUCGAUAAUAAACAAAAAAGCAAUAAUUUGUAGCCUUCGCCGGUCUGUGUUUUAAUUUUUUUACAACGUGUUAGAAAGUCAUACAAAUUAUUUUUAAUGUACAACCUGUAUUUAUGUGACGGUAAUAAUACUUUUUUAUGUCGUCAGUAAAGCUUGUGACUUGCCAGUAAAGAAAAAAAAGCAAACAAAACCUUAAGUGCCUUCAGGCGAGUCCACUCUUAUCAUAAACACAGACCGGUAUUGCCAUUUUUAUAUAAGUUCUGUUCUUUUUUAAUUUUGUACACACGAUGUUUACACAUUAAUAUUGUGUUUACGUGAAACGUAGACACUACACCGUUCAAUGUUGAUUUGAAAAAGGUGAUAAUAAUUUCAAUAUAUGAUUAAUUUAAAAUAAAA